CAUGUACAAAAACAAACUCAUUAGGAUUGACUCUGUGCUAGUGAGCCAAGUUGGUGCAUCCGUAUAGUUUGGGCCACGGAACUGUUCUUUACAGGUUUGGUCCUUAGAGUCUGUUUUCCUUUGUGAUCUGCUCGGCCAUGGAGCCGCAGAAGUUGCCAACAAUUGGACAUACAAGCUUUGCUACUGACUGCAUGGGACGAUGAACAUUAUCCAUUUGACCUAACAUUAACAAGGUUUGAUCGUGUUGUGCAACGAUGGUGUCCUCCUUGGUCCGUCUGUGCGCUAAGGAAGUCGUAAGUGACCACAGCUCGUCUCCGUGUUGGCUGAGCUGUAUUCCGAGGGAGCUGUAUCAACCUCUUCUAGAGGCCGCCUUCGCCCACUGCCGCCCGCUAGCUAUCGGUGAGCUGGUACAGCGCUGGCCCGAGAGAACUCUCAGCCUGCGAGGCCGGAGGAAGUCGGGACAUAAUCCUCCCAACCGACUCUGCGUACAGGCUCUGCUGUUAGCUGUGGUUCGGGGACUGGGAGACAAAAGGUGCGCCCUCCAGGUGCUGGACCUCUGUGGGCUGCACUGUGAGGAUGGUGGUGUGGCGGACUCCAUGGGGGGCUGGUCGCUGACCGUGUCCCUCUGCUCCACCAUGCUGCAGGCCAAGGGCCGGGCCCUGGGGGGCCCCCGGAGGGAGAGGGAGAGGGAGAGGAAGAGGGUGCUGGAGACGGAGGCCGAGAGGGACGCCGCCGCGAAACGAGAGCGGGGACUCGGGGCGGCGGGCCGGACGGAUUUCGGGGGCAGGCUGUCGGCGGAGGGGGGUGAGGAGCGGGCGCAGGGGGUCAGGAGGACGAUGGAGGAGAGGAGAGCGAGGGAUGGCGCGUAUGUGGACAGGCAGCCGGGGAGGGGCGGGGAGGGCGAUUCGGAAGCGGACGGGGGCCAGGUGAGGGUGUGGGCCGACCUGUUUGUGAACGCCCGCUCGUGGGAGCGCGUGCGCGUGGCUCUCACCGCCUCCGGGCCGCUGCGCCUGCACUGCCGCUACCUACGCGUGGAGGAGAUCCCCGCGUCCAACAUCGCCGCCCUGCUGGCCCUCCUCCCGCCACGCGGCAUGCUGGGCUUGGACGUGCGCUACAGCAGCCUGGGCGUGACGGGCCUGGCCCUCCUGCUGCCCGCCCUGGCCCCCUUCCCCCACCUCAGCUCCCUGCGCCUGCACUACUGCAACCUGGACAUGCGCAGGGACCUGCCCGGCCAGGAGGGGGCACUCCGGGACAUGGCCCAGGGGCUGGGGGGGCUACGGCAACUGCGCAGACUCAGCCUGACUGCACUCAGACUCCCUGGGCAUCUGCGCAUGCUCCUCAGUUCCCUCUCUCGGCCACUGGAGGUGCUAGAGCUGCCGUACCUGAGCCUGAGCGCGGCCGACCUCUCCUACCUGUCCUGUAGCCUCCACGCCUCCACGCUGCAGUGCCUGGACCUGAGCGAGAACAAGCUGGACGAGGCCUCCCUGCCCUCCCUGCGGCGGCUGCUCCACCAGGCCUCCGGCAGCCUGGCCCAGCUCUCCCUCAGCGGCUGUGGCCUCUCUGACAGCCUGCUGGGGGCGCUGCUGCCCUCCCUGGGCCUCUGCCGCGGCCUGCGCAGCCUGCGGCUCGCCUUAAACCCGCUGUCCCAGGCCGGGGUGCUGUCGCUGGUCAGGGCGGCGGCCGCCAUCCCCUCCCUGCACCUGCUGCUCUACCCGAACCCCCUGGAGGAGUACCAGCCGGGCCUGCCCCCGCUGCCCUCCAGCGCCCAGCUGCUGGACUGGCCCCUGGUGGAGGAGAUGGAGGUGAGGGAGGCCACGCAGGUGGAGCUGGAGAAGGUGCUGGUGGAGAGAGGCCGCUGCGAUCUCCUGCUGACCUCCGACCUCCUCAGCUACAGCACUGAGCUGAUGGACGAGGACUAGCGGGGGUCCUGCUGACUCGGAGACACUCCAAGGCAGAAGAGUCAGGCCGUUCGGGCCUUCUUUUGUACUGGUUUACCUCUGGUUUCAGCCAUGGCUGCAGGUGGGAGGUGGGGGCUAAACAUCCCGUAAGUUUGGCACACCUGAUUCUACUAAAUAGCAGCUCAACAAGAUCCCUAGCUGUUGAAUAACAUGUGCUUUGUCAGGGCUGUUGAGAACCUACAGGAUGAUGGAUAUCAAGGAAUGGGGUUGGGAACUACAAGUUCAGGCUUCUGGUGCAACCAAAGUAGAGGCCAGCCAAUGAAACUGGUGAAAAAUUCCCCAAAUCCCAGGCUAUUCCUGGUCCCUCAAGGAAGGGUGUCUCUCAAGAUGUCUUAACAGGCUGUCAUCCUUUUGCUGUUUCCUGGUGAUUCUCAUGGGGAGAAGCUGUAAUCACAAGUGCUUGACAAUCCUCCAUCAUCACUGUAAAGUCAGAAUAAGCAGACCUCCAGGUUAUGCGGUAACCAGGGUAACCUCCUCAUUGAGCUCAUGUCACAUAAAAAUAAUUUGUUUGGUUACACAGAAGAAGAAGAAGAAAAAAAAGUCUUAAGUGGUGUUUGGCCUUUCCAGCCGGACCACAACCAGCGACACCUUGAACUUGUGCUGUGUAUCAACUAAACUGAAUUCCAGAGGGCCUUUGACAGGAGAGAAAUUUUGGACAGCACUGCAGGACGUUCUGGCCCUGGUGACACGCAGCUGCUGCUGUGUCCUGGGCAAGGCACGUGAGCCAACGGGUUGAUACGGAGAGGGACAUGCAUCAAAAGCACAUGAGCUCUGACAGGUGCUGAAAGACACUGGUCAGGGUGUAAGUGAAAACCCGUUUCAUCAGCCAAAGAGGCUUUAAAAAAAAAAGAAAAAAGCACAACAAAAACACAAUUUUUAUUUUUAUUAUUAUAAUUUUGCACAGGUUGUGAAUGCGGUCAUUUACUGAAGGUUUAAACGGAGAUUCCCACCCGGACAGCACUGCCUGUGUAUGUGCAUGUCUGCUUGCAUUUGCUUCCACAGCGACAUUUCCCACCAAUCAGAAUUGGCAUCGGUGGUCACAUGACUCGUGAUUACAGCAGCCAAUACUGUGAAUCUCUGAGGUGCGGACCAAAGGAGAAUAUUUGAUCAUUGUUGGCUUUUUAUGGUGAUGCGAUUCUGCUUGGCACUCAAAUAAGCGCUGGCAUUCUUAUUUUUACAUAUUAAGAGUAAUACACUUCAGAAUGACAUACUCCUGAUGAGUAAUAAUAAUCUGUUGUAAUUGCUUAUGUAUGAAUAAAUUAUAUUUUCCUGGG